CGCGCCGCUUCGUCGCACGCGACGUCGUUCCGAGCCGGGCAUUUGCCGCCGCGCCGCUUAUAUGAACAGAGAUCGGCAUCGUGGGCCUGUCCACUCGUCUAGUUCUUGCUAGGUUCUUUCCGUGCCUGAUUUGCCCUCGAGUGGCAGCCGUGACUUGUUGAACUUCGUCUACCUCGGACGUUGUUGCGGAUUCUCGACUCAGUCCUGUUUGGCUUCAUCGCGUCGACUUCAGCCUACACGAUAGCACCGUGGUUCUGCGUCGUUGUGCAAUCUUGACCUCUGACCAGCUGGCGAGUGACCGCUGGUUGGCAUUCGGUUUGGUGGCUCAAGAUCCGUGGGCGCGUACACGGCAUAACAACUACACGUUUGGCAGUUAGAAAGGCGAGGCUAGGAGCGAUAGCUUCUGCAACGAGCCGGAUGGCGACGAACGGGGCGUCACGGCCUGAAAAGGACCCGAAUGCUUUUCCUUACAAGCAGUUGACAAUCCUCGCGAUUUGCCGGUUCAGCGAGCCCAUCGCCUUCAACUCGAUCCUCGCCUACACGUAUGUGCUGGUGCGCGACCUGCGCGGCACUGACGAGGAUGCCUCCUUCUACGCCGGCCUCCUGGUCAGCGCGUAUGCCGUCGCCGAGGCCAUCACCGCCAUGGGCUGGGGCGCGCUUUCGGAUCGAUACGGCAGGAAGCCCAUCGUGCUCAUUGGCCUUGGCGGCGUCGCUCUCAGCUCGCUCAUAUUCGGGCUUGCCAAAUCGUACUGGGUCGCGUUGCUCGCGCGGUUCAUCGGCGGUGCACUGAACGGGAAUGUUUCUGUCAUGCAGACGAUGGUCGCAGAAAUGGUCAAGUUGCCUGAACAUGAGCCAAAGGCAUAUGCCACCCAGCCAUUCGUCUGGGUCCUUGGGGGCAUCAUCGGAUCCGCCAUGGGAGGCUUUCUUGCCCAGCCGGCGCAUUUCUACCCCGACAUCUUUCCUGAGGACGGCCUCUUUGGACAGUACCCGUACCUCCUGCCCAACCUUGUCGCAAUGAUCGCCGUCAUUCUGGCUAUCAUCCAGGGCAUCUUUUUUCUCGAGGAGACGAACCCUCGUGCUUCGAGACAAGCCAGUGGUGCGGGCAUGAAAGACACCCGCCGUGGCUAUGAUGACGAGCACGCCAUUAGCGACGAAGACGAGCGCGAAGACGAGGUCGGCGCCAUCGAGACCACUGCUCUCCUCGACGAGAGAACACCUCUGCACGGGCGAGCGAAGCGGCACUCGAGCAAAACUCGCACCAGCCACAGCCGUGGCGGUGGUCGCAGGCUUUCAGAAGGCAGGAUCACGGGCCCCGUGUUUAUGGAGGAGAGCCUGCCGCUACCCAUAGAGCACACCUUUGACAUCCGCAGGUCGUCUAUGAGCACUCUAGCCUCGUUCAAACAACGCUCCAGCUCGCUCCAACCACCAAACGGCCUCGUGCGGCAUCCGAUGGGGACAAACGGCGCGGGCAGAACAGACGGCCAAGACGACGAAGACGAUACGGCGCCUUACACGGGGCGCGUGUUCGGCUUCAAGAUCCUCAUGCUCAUCCUGGCCAUGGUCCUCGUGUCAUACCACCAGAUGGCCUUCAGCGCGCUUUUCCCAAUCCACCUCCUCGACGAGCCUGCCGUGCCCUCGCACACGGGACGCAUCGACUUCCGCGGCGGCCUGGGCUACACGGUGCACGACGUGGGCUCGUACCUUGCGAGCAACGGCGUGAUGGGCCUGUUUAUCCAGGCCGUCAUCUUUCCCGUCUUCGUGGCCAAGGUCGGCGUCCGGCGCUCCUUUGUCGUCAUGGUCAUCCUGUACCCGACCGCGUACAUGCUCAUGCCCUUCAUCUCGGCCAUGCCCACGGUCGAGCUGGCGAGUCUGGGCCUCACGCUCAGCCUGCUCAUGCAGAGCUUCUACGGCAUCAUCUCGAUGCCCUGUGCGCUCAUCCUGCUCAAGGACGCGACCCCGCACUCGACCGUACUCGGCCGGGUCAACGGCCUCGCAAUGUCCGGGUGCUGUCUUGCCCGCACCAUUGGUCCCCCGCUCGCCGGCAUCAUCUUCAGCGCGGGCGGGAGCGCCGCGGCGUGGUUCAGCUGUGCGGGAGUUGCGCUGCUUGGUGUCGUGCAGCUACUUUUCAUCCCGAACACGGUUGGGCCUGAAGAGGAUGUGAUCCAUGGGGGCAGCGGCGAUGUGGAGCGGGGGGCUGUUGGUGGUGGCGAGAGGUUGCAUGUUGAAGCAUAGAGGCUAAGGGGCGUGGCAAAGCAUGAGUGGACGUGACGAGUCCCGGGGAUAUAUAUUGCAUCAGGAAGAAACGGGGAUCGUAAGUUC